AUUCGGAACAAAGCCCGGUUACUACAGCUGGUUUGAACACUUUAGUACGCGUCACCACCAAACUAGGGGGAAAAAUGACCAACAAGACGACUCCUGUUCUCCUCAAAGCGCUGCUGGAGCUAUCUGAAGCCCACUCUUCAAAGGUUGUCCGGGGAAACACUAAAAGAGCAAAUUUCAGGGUCUUAAGUUCUUGUGGGAUCCUGGAAGCAAGAAGGGCAAGCCUCCAGUUCUGCCCCAGUACCUGUGUAAGCACACCAAGCCGAAGCUUCAUUAACCUGGCAGCUCCCAUCAGUAACCGCAGGAUGGAGUACACUGAGUGUCGGACAUUGGGGUAUACUCCAGAGCAGAUGUACAGUGUGGUGGCCAGUGUGGACCAGUAUCAGCACUUUGUUCCCUGGUGCAAGAAGUCUCGGGUCAUGAGGGGGCGAAACGGUGGCCUCCAGGCAGAGCUAGAAAUCGGUUUCCCCCCUCUUGUUGAGCGAUACAUCUCUGAGGUCACUAUUGUUCCAAACUACCAAGUCAGGGCUGUAUGUACUGAUGGAUCCCUCUUCAGCCAUCUUGAAACAAUAUGGAGGUUUUCCCCUGGAGACAGAAACGCAGCAGACUCGUGCAAAGUGGAAUUCUAUGUAUCAUUUGAGUUCAAAUCUCUUCUGCACUCUCAGCUUGCCAGCGUCUUCUUCGAUGAAGUGGUUAAGCAGAUGGUUGGUGCCUUUGAGUCACGGGCAGCAAAACUUUACACAAACCAGGAGGAGGUACCGCUGAGGAGGCGGUCGGCAUGAGGCGACACCUUUGACCUUUCAUCCAUCCAGGUGCUUUUGGAACCCUGCCAGCCCACUGUUUUACCUGCUAUUGACUCUUACACAGGAGACUGGAUCUUCUCUUUGCACCCAUAGUAUAUUUUUGAAUUAACACGCACAUGGAAUACACUUAAAGCUAUUUAUUUGUAAAGCACAAGCUGAUUUCUUUACCUUGCCCUACAUUUAUUUAUUUUUGUGGAUUCAAAUAAAGUUAUGGUUUUAAGGACACUUUGAAAAUUGUUAAUGUUCUGAAAAGUGACUGCUACUGAAAGCUCAAAUAUGGUUGAAGACCUUGUCCUAUGCAGUAUUUAUCAGUGGAAUUAAAAUGUCUUGUUUUUGGUAAACUCUCUGCUCUGUUUGUGUCAUUUGUAGCAUUUAGAUUGUCUUAAUGUUUCCAUGUACUGAGCAACAUCUGCAAGAAAAGAUUUCCAGUGUAGCAGACUAGUAACUGCUUACUCCUCAUGUUUGGGUAAGCGUUCCGGAUAAAUAGCAUUGUCAACCUUGAUGGCUGAUACUGGCAAACAAGGUGAUAGCUACCAAUGUCGUCCACUGAUAUCGGUUAUUUUGCACUAUUUUAAAAACAAACGAAAAGCGGUGCGUGGAGUCUUUUUGUAAAGUCAUAUCUGAUCGUUCCUCUAUGCACCUGUUUUAUGAAAUGGAGCUGCAAAGUUGAUUUUCAGUUACCCAUAACAUGUGCUGGCUUUUUGAUAACAAGCUGCAUGUUCCUCCUCUUUAGCCCGAAGGACACUGCUUUUCCAAACUUAAGCAUUUUCAUUACUUUUAACACAGGACAGUUUGUCUGCUUUGUCUGUCCUUUUAAUAUGCUUAAUUUGCAUGUUUUUAUUUUAAGUUUUAAAGUUGUUUUGUUUUAGAGUGUGCCACACUUUGUUAACUCCACUGAAAGAGGUUUUCAGAUGUAGUUCUGAAUCUGUGCAAUAAUUUCAACUACUUGAAUUUCUGUUUUGAUGUGGUGCCACCUGCAGGUCAAAUCCCUUCAGUGCUGAUUUUUAGCCAUGUAGCUCUGUACAGAAAUUUCUCCCAAUUCUCUGAAUCUGUUAAUAUUAUGCUUUAACCUUGGUUGGGGGAAAAGCCAAUUCAACUCAUAUAUACUGUGAGGAUAUAUUUGCAAUUUCAUAUUUAGAAAUGUUCUGAAAUUGUUAAUCUAUUUUUUUUUUCUGAAUGGGUUUCCUACAGUUGCAGGCUAUGUGCAAUGGUCUCUUAUCCUUUAAUGUCAUUCUGCCUGUGUAUUAUAUUUAUUUUAUUUUUGAUAUGUACAAUUUACUUUUAGCUUAUAGUUUCAGCGUUUGUUUUGGGUGGUUGUGUGGUGUGUUUUUUGUUUGUUUUUUUUUUUGUUUGUUUUUUGUUUUGUUUUGUUUUGUUUUGGGUUGUUUUUUUUGUUUUUUGUUGUUUUGUUUUGUUUUUUUUUUUUUGUUGUUUUUUUUUUGUUUUUUUUUUGGCUUAAAAAAAAAAAAAGGCUUUCUUACUGAACAUUUCUGUUAUUCACUUUAAUUGUGGGGGAGCUACUGAUCCAGUAAUCUAAGGAGCUUGGAAAGAAAAGCCACUGGACUUCAAGUUUCUUGUAGCCGUUUCACCUCUCAUCCGAGAAGUUUCUUUAGUUCGAAGAGCAAUUGGUGGAGGAGUGAAAGAAGCCAUCUAUCCACCAAAUUCAGUUCAGUGGGUCGUUCAGUGGUCGUAAAGUGGGUCUUUACGUCACACUCCCUCUCGCAGCCUGAGAUCAUCUAAUCAAAGGCUGUUGGUAGUUCCCCAAACACAUUUUAAAACCAGAGGUGAUAGAUCUUUUAGUGCGGUGCCCCCCAGGUUGUGGAAUUCUCUCCCUCAAUCUCUUUGCUGCCUGGAUUGUAUUUAUUCUUUUAAACAUCAUCUUAAGACUCAUUUAUUUAGACUAGCUUUUAAUUAGAUUUGUGCUGUAUGUUUGAUUGUACUGUUUUAUAUUAUUGUGAAGCACUUUGUGGUUUUUAUCCUGUGAAGAGUGCUAUAUAAAUCAAUAAAGUAAAGUCUUUCAUUUA